CCGACGCGGAUGGUACAUUCCGUCGUGGAAAAGUGACAUCUCAUCUCGAGGCGAGCAAACGUACAUAUUACAAAAAUAUACGAUGCACGUGUCGGUGAUCCUCGGCGUGGUGUUGCUACAGGCGAUUUACGUGUCCGCCGGGCCACCUGACUGGAUCCCUCCGGAAAUGUUGGAGAUGGUUCAAGCCGACAAGGAACGGUGCAUGGCCGAGCACGGAACGACUCAAGCACUUAUCGACGAGGUUAAUGAUGGGAAACUUUCGGAUGAUCGUAGUAUAACAUGCUACAUGCAUUGUCUCCUCGACGCAUUCAGUUUGGUUGACGACGAAGGUAAUUUGGAAGCCGAGAUGCUGAUAAGCGUCGUUCCUGAGCAGUAUCAAGAAAUAGGUAACCAGAUUUUGAACAAAUGCGCCGUGCAAACCGGCGCGGAUGUAUGCGAAAAGAUAUUUAAUAUAGCCAAAUGUGUCCAAGGAACAGUACCAGAGCUUUGGUUCAUGGUUUAAUUCGACACAUGGGAGAAAUUUUGCUUCAAAAUCGUGUAUGCGACAAUAUAUCCAGCGUACAAUGUUAUGAUACAAAACAACUCGCUCGUGGAGAAAAACGAGAACGUGUAGCAUAGGAAUCUAAAUUACGUAAAUUCAGAAAAUAGUCAUUUGUAUAAUAGUAAGUAAUCACGACAAACACAUGCGGCUUAAAAUAUAAAUAAAACUGAGAUAGAAAAUGUUGUAAAAUAUUGGAUAAAUUAUAAAUAUGCAUUGAAACGAAACAAAUCCGAGCAUAAUGAUAAAAAGUCGUGAGAUAUCGAUGCAUAAUAAUUAUUUAUUAGCCCAUGUUUAAUUAAAUAAUUUUUUAUGAUCUUAUAUGCCUUUGAUUCCAGUACCAUUUAAUUUUUUUAACUCGCUCACAAAGCUGUAUUGCGUAAAGAAUAUUAAGAAAACUCAAUAUGAAAAAUACACCGGAUAAGAUUUCUUAUAAAAUUAAUUCGUCUAAGAUCUCGACUAAAUAAUUGAAAGAUUCAGUAUGUACAAUAAUGUGUGUGUGUGUGUGUGUAUAGAAAAAGAUAGAGAAAAAGAGAGGAAUAAGAGGUGUUUAUAAUUUAUAGGAGUCCGUUUAUAGAAACGACUUCGUAUUUAAAGUUGGCGAAUUAUAAGUUUAUCUUAGGCUUAGUAUUGAAUCCGUCAAUUACGCACGAGAUAAGAUGAUUCAAUUCAGUACCGUAAUUUCGGCAAUUUUAUACAUAACAACUUACGUUUUUUUUACGGAGAUAAAAUAAUUACUUGUUUAUGCAA